GGACCUUAAAUAAGCUGACGCUGGAAGAGAAAAGCACUUCAUCUCAGGUUUAGCGAGGAGAAGCAGCAGCAGCAGAGGCAGCAAUGGGACGCUGUAUGUUCUUCACUGUGCUGCUUUGCCUGGUGGUGAGCCUUUCAGCAGCUCAAAUACCUGCAACAACUGGCAGCAGUACUGCCAUCGCUACAGUACUAACAGCUCCCACAACUACAACAACUGGCAGCAGUACUACCAUCACUACAGUACUAACAACAGGAAACACAUUUACAACAACAAAGACUACUGACACCGCUUCUUCAUCAGCAACGCCAGACAGCUCAUCUACAGCAACUGUGGAAACGUCUACCACAUCUACAACAACACCAACAGAGGAGUUAUGCAAAUCCAGUCCUUGCGGAGGAAAAUUGUCUACAUGUGUCCCUCUGAAUACCACAUAUACAUGCCAGUGCCCGUAUGAAUUUUACUACUACAACAACAAUUGUCACCGAGGGAAGGUAUUCCCAGGUAUCAUUACACUGGCACAAAUGUUGAGUAGUGACAUUCAUGAUGUAAAUUCGGUGGAGUAUGAAAAGAUGUUCCAAAACUUAACACAAUUUUUUAAACAAGCUUUUGAAAAUAUGACGGACUACAGGCAGACCAUCAUCGUGAAAGCUGAUUAUACAGGAGAAGAUACAAGAACCAGAAGUGGUAAUCCAGCGACUGUAACAGUGAUGAACAUCUUCACAGAAAAUACAACUGAGACCGAUGCUAAAGUUGGGGAAGCAAUAACAAGAGCAUUAACCAUUUCGAGCUACGUGAGUGCGUACACAAAUACAACCCAGUGUGCUGUUUUUCCAUGUGAUGAUGCAACCACAACAUGUGAAGAUGGUCCAUAUCCAGUAUGUGUAUGCAAAGCAAAUUUCGCAAAGACACAGUGGGACACAUAUUCUUGUUCAGACUGCGUGAACUGUACAGCAGAAGAAAACAAGUUCUGUGACAGAAGAAGUGACAUUCCAGACUGCAAAUGCAUGGAUAACUUUAAAGAGGGUGAAAAAUGUGUAAGGUGUCCAGUGGGCUACUCUGGAGAAAACUGUGAGAAUAAUAAAGAACUCAUCCUUAUAAUAGUGGGCACAGUGUUUGGAGCCAUUAUCUUGUGUUUGGUGGCAGCAGUCUCAAUUGUUUCAGUAAGAGCCAAGCACAGUCAUGAUCCGGAGAAAAAGAGGUUGAUAAAGCCAAGAAAUUCCAACUCAAAUACUUCUGAGGAGACCAGGAUCUUCCCUAGGGUCCAGACCACUUCUGGCCAUUCGAACCCAGGGUAUCAGCCAAACAACCCUUAUGAGGUGGAUUCCUCAAAAAGAGGUGUCUUUGUGGAGAAAGAUUUCGAUGACUUGUAUGAAAUAUCGCGGCAGCCUGAGGGCUUUCGGAUGCAACGCAGAUAACUGUGUGGCCAGCAGUAGAAGGAUGGAUGACAACCACAACACUGGGUCAGACCAAAGAGCUUCGCAGCCUCUUACCAGCACAGUUAUUUCAUCAGCAGAGACAACGGAGUCCGUAGUACAAGAUUCUGAAGAUUUUCUAAAAGAAGACUCCUGCUUGAAGGAGAAGGGCAGUAACUCUUUGAAAUAAGGGAAAAUAAAAAUAAAGCAGAGUGUAGGGAGAAGGAGACUUUCAAAAAGCUAAAAGUGUCCUGUGGCCAUUCCUAUGAACUUUCAGUGGACCAGUGUGUUGGCAAAAAAGUGAAUGUAGACAAGAUACCAGGAUUUUAACCCAGCUGUGUUUCAGUUCUUCUGAAAGAUGGUCUGUGCAAUAUGUGUGAUGCUAAAAACAUCAGCUGCCAGAGCUUUGCCUAUGUUUGUUCUCACUUGCUUCAGGCAGAGGCACAUCAAACAGUAUCGAAACUUUUAUUUGUGAGGACCUAACGUUGUUCUCUUUACUAUAUCAGUCUUUCUCCCUUCCUCAGCCUCCCAUUAUUUCCUAUCUGAAAGCAUUCAGUUCAGAUCACUGCUGGCACCUGUUGUGAGAGACAACCCUGUCUGACCUCUUAGGUGGUCUUCCUUCCCAAUACAACUCCAGAAACCAUUAUCUUCAAACAAGCACUGUUGUUCUCCAUCUCAUGCAAAUACGUUGAUAUUACAUUCUCAGUUGCUGUGAAAAGCAUUGGCACUUUUUUUUCUCUUUCAAUCUGUAAUAUUAGGUGGAAUCAUCUUAAAUCUUUCUUUUUCAUUACUUCAUAAUUCUAUUAAAAAAUCCACAUUUCAUGGAGCAUACAUGUGCAUCAGCUGUUGACUGGCGUUGGCAUUCCUUUAUAUAUAUAUAUAUAGAAUAUAAUGUCCAAAAAUGUACAUAUAUUUAUAGAUUAUAUUCAUUUAAAGUAUCA